GGGGCAUCGAAAUGCAAAAAACGAUCUACUUCAUGUUGACCGUUUUGAGUGUGAUGUAUACAGUCAGCACUGUUUGACGGUUGUUUAUGGAAACGCGUAUCGGACAUAUUUUAAGGUCAUGUAUGUUGUCUCUUAGUGUUAGAAAUCACUUGCGUACACGCAGGUCCCUAAUCAAAAGCGCUAAAGUCAGCAAAUAUAAUAGUCCGCUAAGCUAACUAAGCUAACUAUCUAGGCAGAAGCAUGCCGAAUUUUUGCGCGGCCCCAAACUGUACACGGAAGAGCACACAGUCGGAUUUGGCAUUCUUUCGUUUUCCACGGGACCCAGAGAGAUGCCGGAUCUGGGUAGAGAACUGCCGCAGAGCAGAUCUAGAGGCAAAAACAUCAGACCAAUUGAACAAGCACUACAGAUUGUGUGCCAAACACUUUGAACCAGCUAUGGUGUGCAAAACAAGCCCCUACAGGACUGUACUGAAGGAUACAGCCAUCCCAACCAUAUUUGAUCUGACAAGCCACCUAAGAAAUCCUCAUACUAGACAUCGAAAGCGGAUUAAAGAACUUACCGAAGAAGAUAUAAGGAAGAUUAAAGAAAGGAGAUUGGCAUCUUCUAUUGAACAGCUCGUUUCCAAAAAAGAUGCAGCAGUUGAGGACAGCACAAGCACCAACGAGGAUGAACCUCAACUGUCCACAGAGGAGAGGGAGUUUCGUGAAUACCUGAGAUCCUUGUUUGAGGUUGUGGUCAUGUUAGGAAAACAAAGCAUCCCAUUAGUGGCUAACAAAGCAUCUGAAGCUGAAUACAAGUCCAACAACUUCCAGGCUCUCCUAGAUUACCGCAUGAAUGCUGGAGAUGAAGCUUUGAGAAAGCGGUUUGCGGCAACAGCUGUGAACACAGAAUACAUUUCUGCAGCCCAGCUCAGCCAGCUGCUGGACGUCUGUGAGAACACAGUGAGGGAGGAGAUGCUAAUGGAGGUGAGAGAGAGUCGCUUCUUCUCCCUCGUGACAGGUGACCUUAUUGAAUUUGCCAACGAGCAACACUUGCCUUUGUUUUUACGCUUUGUGAAUCAGCAAAAUGUCCUUCGGGAGGAGUUAUUGGACUUUAUGCCAUUUGAUGGUGAUGAGUCUGCACUGGUAGAGAGGCUAGAGGCCCAGCUGACUGAGCGUUGGGGGCUUAGCAUGGAGGACUGCCGUGGUCAGGCCCAUAGGGCCAUUGGAACUUCCACCACCAAGAUGAAAGCUGUGGCAGUAUUACUGAUGGAGAAGUAUCCCCUGGCAUUGCACAUGCCUUGCUCCCAUAUGGCACUGAACCUCCACCUGGCCAACAGUCUGCCUUUUCCCAAUGUCCAGGUUGUCAUGGAGACUCUGAGGAGGAUUGGUGCUUUCUUUAGAACCCCGCUCACUCAGGAUGAGCUAGAGAAUGCUAUCUGUACUCACUACCAGAAAACUGAAGAGAAGGUGACUGCACUAAAACAAUCCUGUGGCUCAGGAUGGACAGAGCAACACAAUGUCUUUGACGUCCUGCUAGAUUUGUUGCCAGCUCUGCUGCUGUGCAUGGACAACAUUCGAGACAAUGAUGGUGGAAGAUUUGCUGAUGCUGUGAGAGCAGAUGCAUAUUCACUUUCAAGAAUUCUGGCUGACUUUGAGAUCAUUGUCACCAUCGUCCUGUUAAAGAAUGUCCUCACGUUCACCAGAGCCUUUGGUAGGAAUCUCCAGGGAGAAACUCUUGAUGUGUUUUUUGCUGCCAACAGUCUCACUGCUGUCCUGCAUUCACUGAACGAGGUCAGUGACAACAUUGACGUCUACCAUGAAUUCUGGUAUGAGGAGGCUGCAAGUGCGGCCAGUGUAAUGGAGAUUCCUGUGACAGUCCCGCGGCUGUUCCUUCGAAAGCAGCGCACAGCCGAGAUGGAUGAAAUCCAAGCAGAGGCAUAUUUUAAGGAGUAUGUGACUGUCCCUGUUGUCCGUGGCGUCAUACAGGAGGUGGAGGACAUGUUCUCUGAGACCAACCUCAAAGCUCUUAAGUGCCUGUCGCUGGUCCCAGCUGUCAUGGGCCAAAUGAAGUUCAACACCACUGAGGAAAACUAUGCAGACGUGUACUGUAACGACCUCCCCAACCCAGACACACUUCCUGCAGAGCUUCAUUGCUGGAGAAUCAAGUGGAAGCACAGGGGCAAAGAGGUGCGCCUGCCCGCCACCAUCCACGAAACCCUGCAGCUUCCAGACGUCAAGUUCUUCCCCAAUGUGAACGCCUUCCUCAAAGUGCUUUCCACCUUACCAGUGCUGAAACUGGAAGGCAACAAAAGUGACACAGUGAGCGAGCGCCUGCAGGCUUAUCUCGACAGCAUGCCCGCUAAGCAGUGGAACAAAAGUCUUGUAUUGCUCAACAUUAACACUCAUGUUAAACAUGACUUGGAUGUCAUGGUAGACAAAUAUUGCAGGCUUUAUUCAGAGGAAGACCCUGAAGCGGAGGCCGAGUUUGAGGAAGCAGCCGAGGAAGAUGCUGUGAUGAAAUGAUAUGACACAGACACCGAGCUUAAUUAGCUACUCAGACAAAAGUUGAAUAACAUAAGUCAAAGAUGCACCCUCCUAACUCAUGUAUUUUUUGGUGCAUGUACACCUGAUAUUUGUACUAAUAACUUUAAUGUAGAUGUAAAGAGGUUGUGGGUGUUGUUGUAUUCUCUGAGAUUUCUGAGAAAAAUAAAUGAUCCUUGUUCUUAUGUAUUUAAAUACACCACUGCUUAGUUUUAUAUUGUAAAUAAGUAAGCAGAUUUGCCAGGAAGCAAACAUUAAUGUUAAUGCUGACGGAGACCCAAUAAAAACUGCACCACCAUAAAAUGUCCAUAACAUGUGAGACGGUGUUGAAGAUGUCUAAUCGUUCAAAAGUUCUGAGUCUAUGUCCAGCUGUUCUGUUAUUAGACUAGACUUUUCUGUAAUGAUUGUAAUGGAAUUAUUUAGUAGCUUUUUGUGUUUUCUCAUUGAUUUUAUUUGUUGAAUUGCAUAGUGGAUUUUUCCUGCUAAUAAACAAUUCACUGUCA